AUGCAAACUACUUCCCCUCUCCAAAUCAAUAGACACCAACUGAACUCAUCUAAAUCAAAACAGCAAUAUUCCUUCGGAAAAUCCCAGCGCUUUGCAGAGCCAUUUAAACCUCCCUGCAAACAAUCAUGCUAUGAUCUGCCCCUAACUUUAAAAACCCGUUCUACAAUGUUCGGGUUUGGGGAUCGCUCUGACUUCACAAAACAAAAAGCUGAAAGCCCACCUCCUUGGCACUACGAAGCACCUUCAUCCCUAAAAAAAGUCUCAUUCAGCUUUGGAACAGCCCGAGAACUGUGCAAUAAGCAGGUUUUUGAAAGUCAUAAAAGGCCUGAUCCAAGCAAUCCAGGCCCUGGAAGUUACUCAUACAGACAAAAAAGUGUAGGUGAUGACGGACCUAGAUGGAGUUUGAGAUCUAGGACGAACUCUCUUGGUGAAUUAAAAGAACAAAAAAACCUUCCAGGCCCAGGCAACUAUGCACCGAAAUGGAAUAUGAACAAAACUGGGCAAUAUUUUUUAUCUUCAUGAGGAAGCACAAAAGUUAGGACUUUUGGCUCAAGCUCAUCAGAUAGGUUUGCAAACACAAAUGGGAUUUAUUCAAAUGUACCAGGGCCUGGGACGUAUAAGCCGAUAGAAGGGAUAAGCAAAAAUGGGGAUUAUUUUUUUUCAAGAUUCCACUCGUCAUCUACAAGGACAUUUGGGAAAUCUGAAAGAAGCUCGCAGCCAAGCUCUCCAGGUGAAGUUCCAGGGCCUGGCGCUUAUCAGCUUCCUUCAGAAUUUGGGAUUUAUGACGAAAAAAUAGAGUUAGUAUCAAAUUCAGUUAAAUCUCAAAAGAAAAGAUCUGGAUCUUUAACUUCAAGAUAA